AUUCGCUCCAUUUCCGCCAGACCAGCAUGCAACGCAUCGUCCGCGCCGUGACGCCCGCGCUCCGCAAGACCGCCGCCGGGGGCAUCGCCAUGCGCGCCAUGAGCUCCUCGACGCACCUGCCGCUGACGUAUCUCUCGGAGGAGGAAGAGAUGUUCAAGGACGCGGUCGCCAAGUUCGCCGCCGACGUCUGCUUGCCCAAGGCCGCCAAGAUGGACGCCGAGGGCGAGAUGGACGACGAAGUCACGAACGGCCUCUUCGAGAACGGGCUGCUCGGUAUUGAGAUCCCGGAAGAGUACGGUGGCUCGGGCGCGUCCUUCAUGAACGUCUGCUUGACGAUCGAAGCUCUCUCGCGUGUCGACCCGGUCGUUGGCCUUCUCUGCGACUUGCAGAACACGGUGGUCAACAACGUCUUUGUCAACUUUGGCACGGAGGAGCAGAAGCAGAAGUACCUUCCGCGCCUCUGCUCCAACAUGAUUGGCAGCUUUUGCUUGUCGGAAGCGGGCUCGGGCAGUGACGCGUUUGCGCUCAAGACGCGCGCUGAAAAGUCGGCCGACGGCAGCUACUACACGUUGACGGGCCAGAAGAUGUGGAUCUCCAACGCCGAGUACGCGGGCGUGUACCUCGUCUUUGCCAACAUCGACCUGAGCCUCGGCUACAAGGGGAUCACGUGCUUCAUCGUCGACCGCGACAUGGAGGGCCUCGAGAUCGGCAAGCCGGAAGACAAGCUCGGUAUCCGCGCGUCGUCGACGUGCCCCGUCUUCCUAAACGGCGUCAAGGUCCCGUCGAGCCAGAUCCUUGGCGAGGUCGGCAAGGGCUACAAGAUUGCGAUCAGCACGCUCAACGAAGGCCGCAUUGGCAUUGCGUCGCAAAUGCUCGGUCUCGCGCAGGGCGUGUACGACCAGACGAUGCCGUACCUCUUUGACCGCCAUCAGUUUGGAUCGGCGAUUGGCGACUUCCAGGCCAUGCAGCACCAGUACGCUGAGUGCGCGCUCGACAUUGAGACGACGCGCCUUCUUGUGUACAAUGCCGCGCGCAUGAAGGACGCGGGCGCGCCGUUCGUCAAGAACGCGGCGAUGGCCAAGCUCCACGCGUCGCGCGUGGCCGAGCGCACGGCGUCCAAGUGCAUUGAGCUUCUCGGCGGCGUUGGCUUCACCAAGCACCUCAUGGUCGAAAAGUUCUUCCGCGACUCCAAGAUUGGCUCGAUCUACGAAGGCACGAGCAACAUGCAGCUCUCGACGAUCGCCAAGAUCGUCAAGGAAGAGUACAAGAUGUAAGAAGACGCGAUACUAAACGUCCGAGAAAAGAGCUAUGUGAAGUGUGAAGCCGCCUUGUCGUGUUGCUACAACCUUUUCUUGCGGCCUCCGAAAGGGCUUAAGCGUCG